AUGUUUAAGUUAUUUUUAUUAGUAUUAUUUAUUCAAAGUAGUUUUAAUGUUCGAUUGAGGAGUAAUGAAAAGUUAGCCCAAUUAGUUCAAGAUUUAAAAAAAUUAAAAAAACAAGAAGGUGCUGUGAAAUUAGUUGGUGGACGUGGUCAUUUUGAAGGCAAUGUGGAAAUAUUACAUAAUGGAAAAUGGGGUGCCGUAUGUGAUGAUGAAUGGGAUCAAAUGGAAGCAAAGAUUGUGUGUCGUCAACUUGGUUUUGAAACUGCUGAUAGAUAUACACAUAGUGCACAAUUUGGUUUAGCAAAACGUCGAUUUUGGAUGGACAAUAUUUAUUGUGAUGGUACUGAAACUGAACUCGCAAAAUGUCGUUUUGAUGGAUGGGGUAAUAAUGAUUGUUCUCCUGAAGAGGCGGCAGGUGUUAUUUGUCGUAUACCUGAAGUACAAAACACUGAAGAGGAACAUCCUUCAAUGGAAAAAAUUCUACAAGAAAUUACACCGAAACAAAAAUUACCGCAUGGUAUAAAAUUACGCUUGGUUGGGGGUCGAAUGCGUACCGAAGGACAUGUCGAAGUAAAAUUUCCGCGAAAAAAACAUUGGCAAGUACUUUGUGGGGAUGGUUGGACUAUUUUUGAAGCAAUGGUUGUUUGCCGACAGUUAAAUUUAGGUUAUGCGAGUGAGGGAAUACCAACGGAUUUCUUUGGCGGUAAUACAAAUUUGAGCCAUAUUUCUGGGGUAAAAUGUAAUGGUAAUGAGAAUUCAUUGAGUGAAUGUGUUUAUGAUCAAACACCAUACUGUCCUGGAAAUGGGCAUAAUGUUGCCACGGUAGUUUGUGUUGAUAAAAUGGCAGAUUUAGUUUUGGAUCAUUUUGAAAUCAUGAAAACGGCUCAUUUAGAAGACAGGCAAAUGUUUUUCUUACAAUGUGCCAUGGAAGAAAAUUGUUUGGCUUCACAAGCGUAUAAAAUUCAACAAGAACAAGAUAAUUGGCAUUUAGAAACACGCCGACUUUUAAAAUUUACCGCAAGAUCUUUUAACGCUGGUACAGAUGAAUUUCGCCCUAUUAUUCCAAAACAUUUAUGGGAAUGGCAUAUGUGUCAUAUGCACUAUCACAGUAUGGAAGUUUUUGCAACAUUUGAUAUUUUCGACAAAACUGGUACACGCGUGGCCGAAGGACAUAAAGCUUCAUUUUGCUUGGAGGAUAAUCAAUGUUUACCAGGUGUCAAACCAAAAUACGCUUGUGCCAAUUAUGGAGAUCAAGGUGUUUCUGUAAAUUGUUCCGAUAUUUAUAGAUUUACUGUGGAUUGUCAGUGGGUAGAUAUAUCAGAAUUAGAUCCAGGAUUUUAUACAUUUAAAGUAUCUAUAAAUCCAGAGUUUAAAAUUCCAGAAAUAAGUUACGAUAAUAAUGCUGCAAUUUGUACAUUUGAGUAUCGUGAAACUGGUGGUCGUGUUUACAAUUGUUCGACAACUCGUCCAUAAUCUGUAAUUUAUUUUAAUUAAUAAAAAAA